GUCUGAUCUGGACUUUUUCUUCGCCGCCCAUCUUGACUCCUUACUACCAUCAUGUCUGCAUUUCGAAACAACAGAAGCACUCGGAAGCCUUACACUCGACCAACCAAUACCGAUGGUCAUUGGUUGCACGACAAGGCCCCUGGCCUGAAUGGCGCCAAACGAGCGCCUACGACCUUCGCCGCACCGAAUUCAAAGAUCAUCGUAUCAAACUUGCACUACGAAAUUACGCCUAAAGACCUAACCUCAAUUUUUGGCCAGUUUGGCACGCUCGUACGCGAGCCGUUACUCAGGUACGACCGCAGUGGACGCUCCACAGGGACCGCCUUUAUCUCCUUCGAAACACCCGAGGAAGCAACGAUAGCAAAAAAGACCUUUGAUGGUAAAGAUGCUAAAGGUCAAGCCAUGUCGAUAACCUUCGACACACUGCCGCCCCGGAACCCAAGACGUGCGACAAGUGCACCAACAACAUCGACUCUCCUCAACAGGAUCCAGAAGCCUCCCCUUUUGGAUCGUCUCGGUGUGGACGAACCCAACCCUAAGAAAUCUGCCCCCGGUCCUAUUCGGUCGAAGCCUGCUCGCAAAGCCGCCGGGAAGGGUCCCAAAAAGCCCAAGACUGCUGAAGAUCUGGACAAGGAGCUUGAUGCAUUCAUGGGCGACGCAGAGCCGGCGGCAGUACCCGCAAAGGAGACACCUGCCCAGGAUGUAGAGAUGGCAUAGACGUUAUGUUCUCAUUUUAAUCUGUUUGUCAUAUAUGUAAAGGUCGUAUAGUUUUGAGUUCUUGUUGCAAUAGUAUAGCCUGGUUUUC